AUGUCGGUGAACGAGAACCGCCAUACCCAAAACAUCACGAACGCCCAAGCUACAAGCUCUCCAAGUUUGGACCGCGAAGCGCUUGACCAACGAUUGAAGCGCCUUUCCGAGGAAGUCCUCCCGUCCGUACCUUACCUUCUCACUCUUCCCACCAAUUCGCCUUUUCGACAGGGAAACCGCCGCGAGUACCAUUGGGCGGUAGGGCAUGACAGACCAUUUCGUUCCGAAGAGCAAGAACUUCAGUACAUGACUUUCUUGGCACAUCACGAUACGGAUUCGCUACUUGUCGCUGUUGGGGAUUGGUCAGAUGAUACGGGGCGCAUGAUGGACGAUCGACCAACGGCCCCAAGCACCACAGAAAGCCCAAGAGAAUCAGUGGCGAGGAAGAAGAUCAGCCUCAAGGAUUACAAGCAUCAGAAGAUUAACGGUCCUGUCGCAUCUCCUAUGGGCCCCGAAUCAAGUGGGCGCAGUACAUCAGACUUAAACCAAUCCGAAGAAAAACGACGAACAGCAAGUUCGGAACCACUGAAAAACCCUGACCGGGUUGAGGCACCACAGAUGCCACUCAAGGCUGACACGCGCCUUUCUCCUGAAAGGGUGGGCCAAAAACGGCCAUCUGGCUCGGACCGCGAGCUUCUCAACCCUCGGGGAACUAAAGAUCCCGCAACACAUUCUCUCAAAAAGCCGCGUCUAUCAUCUAGCAAAGAAUACCGCCGAGACCCCAGCCCUUCGAAAUCGCACUCCCCCAAACUCCCGGCUCUUCUCUCGCCCACCCUCCCACCAACCUCAAAUGGCCCCAAACUUCCGCGUUUACUGUCUCCUACUCUGCCGCCAGAUAUUGAGAAAGAGCUAGCUCGCCUCGAUUAUUCUUCACCGCCCCACAAUAGCCGUCCAGGUGCGUCAGAAAAGACAUUGCCUGAAAAAGAUUCAAAUAUCCAUGAUCAACCGAAGGAAAAUGCUCGCCCCGGUGUGCCGAAGGUACAACUCAUUGCGAAGCUGCGAUAUGGGAGAGCGAACAGGAAACGGGUUGAGGCUUUGCUCAAAUUCUCCGGUAAAAUGAAGACGCGUCGGUCAGAUUCACCAGUCAACCACGAUACCGAUCGCGACGACGCCUCCCAUUCUAGGAAAAAAGGAGCAGAAACAACGGGAUCGUUCCGCGGUAACGCUCUGCCUGGGUCACUGAAAAAUAAGACCAAGCCCGAAACCGACGAAGCCCUGGGCCCUCAUGAUAGUCGCUCAAGGGAGCCGAAAGGUCUCGCAGAAAAGACCCGAACUCCCCUCUCACAACCAUUGGCCGCUUCUCUCCCACAGGAAAAAGCCAAACAAGCUGCAACCACGCCGAGAGACCGUAAAACGUCUGCCCCACGCCGGAUUGACCUCGGAGAGAGUGAUGGAAAAACGCCCUCUCAUCCUGCUAACAAACGACAUUCUGUUGAUACUGGGACAGUCGCGAAAGCGUCUCCAUCUCAAUCUGAUAGUCGAUCGCGUGAGCGCAGAGCCUGGCGGGAUGAAUGGCAAAAGUUCUCAACCAUCGGUCGUGAAUUGAAACAUGCUGCAGACCGCCACAACUCCAAAAAUGGAGCUUCGUCGGUGGAUGAGAAACUCGCUGCUGUGGUUGCCAUUGAGGCAUUGCUGUCUUUCAUCUUAGCCUUUGUGGCAGACGAUCAGUCCAAAGCUGUAUCACGCCAGGUUGGAGACUCUUCCACGUGGCUCUCAAUUAUUCCAUACUGGAAAGUGGUAAAGAAGUUGACUUCACCCUAUCCAGCGCUAUCAAAUCUUUGUUUACUACUUGGUGCCGUCUCAUUUAAUGCUAUUCACGCACUUGAUCUUGAACGCCUCGCCAUAAGCCCAAUUCCUGGAGAGCAUACUCCAGUACCCACUCCUGGGAGUGAUACCAAUACGAAUUUGUCAGACGAAACCAAGAAAGUCAGGAAAGAGUUCUUGGAUUUGAAAAACCGUCUCCCUGAGUGCUAUAAAGAGUCCCAAAGGCUGUGGCUGGAAGGCACACGAGGCCUCUCUGAAGAUAUACUUGCCCGUGAGUUUCCUACGAGCUGGUCUCAACGAUCCAGAAAUUACUCAGAGAGAGGUCGCACAUCUCUUAAAGCUGGCGACUAUUCCGGGAGCUUUUUCCUACCGCUAGGUGGUACGACUCCCCCCAUCGAAGUAGUUCGUUUUGGGGGGACUUUACUCAAGGAAUGGUGCUCGAAGGAACAGGUAGAAUGGAAUGGGCGCCUCGGUAUCUGA